GGAGGCUGUGGCCAAACAGAUCAGGAAGCAACCCCUGAAGCCUGAGCUGUGUUCUUAUACCCAAAGUUCAUCAGUGGGGUCUUUUGGAGUAGGAAGAUUAGCAGCUAUGACAACCUCAGCUCAGCACCAGCUUACAGAGGGAUACUCAAAGGAAGUUGAGCAGGCUUGUAGGGUGGAGGGAGGACUGUGGACACAGCUUCAUCGUAGGCAGAGAGGAGAUGAGUUCUGCUUGAGAGUUGAAGCAAUCAGAGAUAUAAGACGUCUAUCUGCAGCUUUCAGACUGUGGCGCCUGCAGAAGGAGCUGCUGAGCAAAGAGGAAGCCAGGCUUUUGAAAGCCCGUGCUCUGCUGGAAAAGAAGCAGCUACGAAACAUUUUCUGGAGGUGGCGUUCCAGAUGCUUGGAAAUGAAACAGAUUUUGGCCCUGACGACUCGGAUCCAGAGACACUUGGUCUCCCAGUGUUUUGUUGCAUGGAAGGAGACUGUUGAGCAGAAGGCACUUUGCAGGUGCAACCUGGCCCACCUCAGAGUGGUAUCACUGAGGAAAUACUUCCAGCGGUGGGCUCAGAUGCUGCAGGUCAGAGAAGGCAAUAAGCAGGCAAUGGCGAACUUCUUCCUCCUACGGUGGAGGCAACAUUAUGAAUCACUUAUAGGCUCAGCAGCUGACAAGACUGCAACAAAGAGGCUUGAAGAUCAGCCUUUGUGGACUACAGAGAAACAGUUGCCAGAGAAAACAGGCUACUCUCUUGAUGACUUCUGCCAAAAGGUGAAGCUCCAGAGAGUGUAUCUGCUGUGGAAAUCACGGCUGCACGAGCAUCACAGAGCUGAUUCUUUCUCUCAGACUUUGGAGCAGUGUAGACUCAGAAAGACUCUGAAAUUAUGGCACCAAAAGUGUCUCAUGCUGAAGACAACUGAACAAAGUCCUAAGCACUCGCACAGGACUGUCGAUGGAGAACCUCUUACCAUGCUGUUUUCAGAAGACCUCUCAACAUCAUCUGGCUUUGACAGCAGUGCUUCAGCUAUUCUGGCCUCUCAGAGCUCAUUGGAAAAGGAAUGCAGUUUUAGUGACAGCAGCCAGCAGAGCUUCUCCUCCAUUCUGACUGCUGAGGAUUUCACACCCAUGCCUUAUUACAGCUCUUUCCUGCAACUGCACCAACACACAGAGCUGCCAGCUGAGCUGGGUGAGGAGCUAUACUUGCAGGCCUUUGCUCCAUGGAGUACUGCAGCUGGAAGCAAUUGGUUUAUGGGAGGUCAAUUGCAGUCUCUUGCGCUGCAGAGUCCAGACAACCAUGUCCAGUCUCUCUUCAAUCACUCUGCAUGGAAAGAGGACUGCAGUUCUGACAAGGAGGUGAAGAGCUGCUGGCACCAAGCAGAGAAAUACUUCCUGCAGAGGUACUUCAUUGUCUGGUCGGCUCGAACUCAGCACCUUGUGAAGGCCCAGGAGUACCACAGGCUCGCUCAGCUGUCUCGAGCCUUUCUCAGCUGGCACCACUGGGUCAUGGAAAAUAAGAACAAAAAAGCAGCAGCAGCCCUAAAACAUCAAGUUCAUUGCUGCCAGAAGGCUUUCAGCCUGUGGAAGAAGAGGCUGUUGCAGAAAGUGGAAGCUGACCAGAGAUUCCAAAGUCACAUUCACCAGAUGACUGCUGAUGCUCUGUGGCAUUGGCAUUCCUGCUGGCAAAGGAAGCGUGCUGUGCGGGAGCUGCAGCAGCAGUGGGCUCAGCACAGUUGCCAAGAGAAGAAGAGGCUGGUCCUGCAGAAGUGGUAUUGCCAAACAAGGAAGCAGAAGUAUGCUGCUUUUUUCUGGGAACGUCAUCUUCUGCACAGGUGCCUAGUCAGCUGGGCCCAGGUCACUGCUUGCAGACUGAAGCAGCGUGAAGCUCUCUCGUGUUUUAAAGAAGUCAGAGAGCACCGCCUCCUAGUUGUGAGUUUUACUGAGUGGAGAAUGAGAUUCUUGAGAGCUGAACGGCAGGCGCUGGGAGAGAGAAGCCACAGGAGGCAGGAACCCUCCCAGGCUAAAGCCUGUCACCGCUGGCGAAUGGCCUCCAGGGGACGGCAAGCUCUGUGUCUGGGAUCUGUGGGUGCUGUGAAACAGGCCUGCAACUACUGGACAAAAGCAGCUGCCUUUUCCCAGUGCUUACGUCAGUGCAGUACCCUGAUAGGUGCUAGGAAGAGCAGAAAGAUGUCUCUGGCUUGGUCCAUGAAAAGCAGAAGAGGCAGAGAAAAUGGUUCAGCACCAGCUGCCUCUCUCAGGCUUUUUCCCAGUGCCAUUCAUCGCUGGCUGGUGAUCUACAAAAAACAAACCAGGGCUGAAAGGCUGCAGUUCUCUCACCUGGGAGAGAGCUCUGGUGUGGUGGGACACCCUCCUGUACAUCCAAGGAUCCAAGACAACAAAGCUGAGAUAGACUUGGAGGAGAGGGAGGAAAAGUGGCUUGGGAGGAAGUAUCUGAGGUGCUGGCACCACACAGUGAUGCUUCGCCAGUGCCAGCGUGGCAGGAGACUGCGCUGUCUGACAAAGGGAUGGCAUCAGUGGAAAGAGGCCAGCAAGGUGGUGGCCCUGGCUGAGGCAUUGGACCAGCGGCGCCUGCUGGAAAAGGCCUGGAGAGUGUGGAGACGACGACGUUUGCAAAGCUGCGUGGUCCAGAAUUUUUUGGAGGAGGAAGCCAGGAGCCUUCUUUCUCAGGCCUUUGGAAGGUGGUGUCAGCUCACAGCAUUCCAGCUCAAGGACAAAGGAUGCUGCUGAAUGGUGGGGCCUGCCUGCAGCUGCUGCUUCUCUGAGGACACUUGGAGGAUACAGCUAGCUGUCACAACAAAGAGCUGUUCCUGGGCAAGGAAGAAAGCCAACGCUGCCCACCUGAUAAAAGCAGUGCUGCAGGCCAGAAGCAUGGUAGCCAAAGGAUGCCUAGGAAGAGAUGGUACCUAGUGACAGUUACUCUUUCAAGGACUCAUCUCCAACCUCCUUAGAGGCAUAAACUUGAGAAGUUAUUCCCUUUUGUUCUUAGGUUCCCUUCCCUUCUCCAGCCCCGAUUUGCUGGAGCUCUGAUUAAAGGUCAGAAUGAUAAGCUC